AACUCUGUUAAGAUGUGUGCUUAUUCACUACAGCCUCUUUUUUUAAGUUUUAAGAUAUAUUUCCCAUAUCAUUACCAUUUUAAAAUGGCUUUCAAUCUUUGCCUCAAAAUUUUUCUUGUUCUUUUUUCCAUUCUCAAUCUGUAUGCUCGUAUAGCAACUUCCCGUGACUUACAAGAACUAUCCAUGCUUGAAAGGCAUGAAAAAUGGAUGGCUCGUCAUGGACGUGUAUAUAAAGAUGAGAUAGAAAAGGAACAUCGCUUCAAAACGUUUAAGGAAAACAUUGAGUUCAUCGAAUCGUUCAACCAGAAUGGAACUCAACGUUAUAAGCUGGCCAUCAAUAAGUAUACUGAUCUCACCAGUGAGGAAUUUUUGGCAUCAUUUACGGGGCUUGACACUUCAUUAUCCCAGCAAGAAUCAACAGCAGCAACAACGUCCUUUAAAUAUGGUAGCGUGACUGAAGUUCCACUUAGCAUGGACUGGAGAAAGAGUGGCAGUGUCACAGAAAUCAAGAAUCAAGGUGUAUGUGGAUGUUGUUGGGCAUUUUCUGCUGUCGCGGCUAUAGAAGGAGCAUAUCAGUUAGCAAACAAUGAACUGAUGUCACUUUCAGAGCAACAGCUAUUGGAUUGCAACACCGAGAAUAGGGGUUGUGAGGGUGGACUAAUGACUCGAGCCUACGAAUACUUACUACAAAACGGCGGUGGCAUCACCACGGAGACUAAUUAUCCUUACCAACAAGCUGAAAGUAUUUGCAGCACUCAACAAUUAUCCCCAACUGCAGCAGUACCAAUCAGUGGCUAUGAAGUAGUACCAGCAGGCGAAUCGUCAUUGUUGCAAGCUGUAGCUAAUCAACCAAUAUCUGUUGGUAUUGCUGCUAACCGGGAAUUUUAUUUGUACGGAAGUGGAAUAUAUGAUGGAAGUUGCUACCCUAAGCUGAACCAUGCAGUCACAGUGAUAGGUUAUGGGACA